CUUUAUCCCACGAUCUUCAUUGAUUCUACAUAGCAGUGUCCAUAUGUGCUCUAAAUGUUACCCAACCCAGACACCUGUUUUAAGCCACACCUUGGCACUACCCCAACUGCCGCUUGCCACACACAAUUUCGUUCCCCGCAUGUAAUUAAUCUGGUGUCAAGUUGGAGAACUGUGCAGGAUGGGACAAAAGCAAAGAUUACGGAGUACCGACAUCAUUUUUUGCCGGCGGGUCGUUGGUGCAAGGGGUGUAGAAUAGCGUCAGCCAUGGUUAGGAGCUUUUGGAUGCCGCGAGACUUUGACUUUAACCUGAAUUUUUCCGAAUGUAUAUUGCAUAGGUAGCGGGCAUGGUAACAAAUUCAUGAAGCGUUACACCGGGGUCGUGAUUCGUGUGGGGAAGUCUGUGGAAUGAAGUAGGUAUAAGCAGGAUGUUAGGAUGGGACAAGGGAAAAGAGUAUUUGUUUGUGUUGACGAGUGCUUUCAACCUGCCUUCAGGGACCGAUCGUCUCCUCAAUGUGGGGAGAUUGGCGCGCGGUUCAGAGUUUCCGGGUCUGUGCUUCACGUCGUCGUCGUCCAUUUUGUUGUUUCCAUCCCAUAUCCGCGUGCCUUCCCCGCUCAGACCCAAGGUUCGACCACAGGGUGGACUAUUUUAACUGCUUGCCGCUACUCUACACUGCUCAGCUUUUCCUCUUCCCCUGCAGCUGCGGCUUCACAAGUCGCAGUACUGGUUGCAAACAUGCCUUUCGGAAUACUGGACUGUAAAAAGAUGGAAGUCGUGCCUGGCACGGCUUUCAUGUCUGACCAAGAUGACCUCCCUCCCGAAUUUUCCUGCAUACCACGAGAUCAACUGAAACACGGCACCGGCCGUUACAAAAACGUGAUUCUCGUCCCUCAGCCAUCUGACAGCCCCAACGACCCCCUCAACUGGCCACAAUGGCGAAAGGAACUCAUCCUCCUAAUUACCUCCCUCUCCGCCGCCGUCGUCGGAGCCUACGGUCCCAUGCUGUCCCCCGGCUUUGUCGAAAUAGCCCACAACCUUGACAUUACCCUUGACGCCCUCGCCCAGUCUACCGCCUGGCUCAUCCUCUGCAUAGGCCUCGGGUUGUUCAUCACCAACCCCUUAGCCAAAAUCAUCGGCCGCCGACCCAUCUACCUCGUUGCCAUCCUCAUCAUGUUCAUUACUUGCAUCUGGGGCGCUGCAGUCAAGGAGUACGACUCCUUUCUGGCAAGUAGAAUUAUUGCGGGUAUCGGCAUGGCACCCUAUGAGGUCUUGGUACAGUGCACAAUUGGAGACUUGUACUUCGUUCACGAGCGGGCGACGAGGAUUGCGGUGUGGAAUUUAUUUUUGCUGACGGGAAUCAGCGGGGGCGCGUUGGUGGCUGGGUAUAUAAUCGAGCGGGAGGGGUACCAAUGGACGUUUGGGGUGUGCGCGAUUCUGUUUGGGGUUUUGGGGUUGGGUGUUAUUCUUGCAGUACCGGAGACGGCCUAUAGGAGGGACGCGGUUGUUCCUGUGCCUGUGGCAAAGGGAAAAGAAGAAACAGAAGAGGGCAGUGUGAGGAAGAUGAGGUUGGGGAGGGAGCAUGAGGUGCAGUUGCAGCAUGUUUCUUCUUUUACUGAGGGAGGACAUGGGUCGAAUGUCACCGAACAGGCAAGGUUGGAAGCGGCCGAGAGAAAGCAUACUUAUUGGGAGUCGUUGAGGGUCUAUACUGGGCGGUACUCUCGAGCUCCGGGGUGGAAGCCGUUUGUGAGACCUGUGGUAUUGUUGUUUUAUCCAGCUGUGUUUUGGGGAUUCCUAGUAUACGGUGAGUGGGCCUUUUUGGAUUGCCCCUGA